GUAGAAUUUUGCCAAAAUUGUCAGUUGAAAGUCAACAUGAAGACAAUUAGUUUGUUCUUUUUCACAUUUUGUGUAGCAUUUAUUGCUGCGGCUCACAUCGAUUCUGAUGUGUUCGGAAAUCGUAUCGUAGGCGGUGAAGAUGCUGUCGAAGGCCAGUUUCCAUACCAAAUUUCACUUCGCGACAAAUGGAGCAACCAACAUUUUUGCGGUGGCUCAAUUAUUACCGAUCGUUUCAUGUUGACAGCUGCUCAUUGCAAUUAUAGACACCCUGAUCCAUCAGGCAUGUAUGUCGUUGCUGGUACAUAUCGUCGUCUUGAGGGUGGUGUUACUAUCGCUUUGGACAAAAUUACACCACACAAAGAUUUCGAUAUACAUGCCAAUACCCACUCAUUUAAUGACAUUUCAUUGUUGCGUGCCGCUGAAAAAAUCGUCUUCACUAAUUUCAUUCAACCAAUCGCUUUGCCAACACAAAAUAUCGCAGGCGACACCGAACUCGUUCUAAGCGGCUGGGGACGCACCGAGUACCCAAGCGACAAGGACUUGCCAGACAACUUGCAAUUUAUCAAAACACAAUCACUGAAUGUUGAUGACUGCCAGGAAAAGCUCGCUGAGGCAGAUCUUGAGGAUAUUAUUGGUGAAAGUGUGCUCUGUACAAUAAGUCCAGUCGAUAUCGGAGCAUGCCAUGGUGAUAGCGGUGGUCCUUUGGUUGACGGAACGAAUCCCGAAAAUAAGUCAUUGGUUGGAGUCGUAUCAUGGGGAGUUCCUUGUGCCAGAGGCUUUCCAGAUGUCUUUACACGUGUUUAUACGCAACUUGAUUGGAUUCAAAAGAAUAUCGCCGCACAGAGUAAAGAUUUUGAAUGAACGUGAAUUUUGCAGCGGUUAUAUUGCUUUCCAAAUGUUUUGAUUUUGAUUUCUUGCAAUUAUUACGAAAUAAAAUUUAAAAAAUUAUAACAAA